AUGGGCUGCAGGUCCGAAUGGGAGGGUGGCCUGAGGCUCCAGGAGGAGAUGCCCCUCUGCUGGGCCUACAAGCUGCCCGGGCCCUGCUCUCGGCUGCCCCACCGCCUACACCUUCCUGCCUCGGAGUUGGUGGCCCGUGCGCAGGGGAUAGAGAAGGCAGUGGGCCAGAGCCCCUCGAGGCUGGCAGAGGGGGUUCUGUACCCCACUCCACCUGGCAAACACCCGCUCAUCACCACCUCCUCCAUGAAGCCUUCCCACCCCUUCCAAGCCCCUGCCAUGAGGCAUCAUCUCUCCCAGACCCCACCACCACUGCAGGAUUCCCUCCGGGUGGACCCGCGGCUGACUCAGGCCUGGUACAAUGUGGUCACUCGGGCAGAGUUUGAUGUCCUGAACCAGCUCUGCCAGGGAAGGGCAGGAGGACUCCUGAAGGAGGAGGCAGAGGAGGGCCCACGCAGCUGGCGUCUGGGGGUGACGGUUGAACGGUUGAAUGGAGGAACCACAGUGGGCGCGGGGGUCGGCCCCGGGGCGGUGUUGCCCCUGCCCGUGCUGCUCUUCGGCGCCCCCGCGCUGCUGGGCCUGGCGCUGGCCCUGGCCCUGGCUCUGGUGGGCCUGGUGAGCUGGAGGCGGCGACGGAGGCGUCUGGGGGCAACCUCCCCGGAGACCCCAGACGGAGACAAAGACGCCCCUGAUCCCCCGGAGAAUGUCAUCAUCCUCGCUCCGGGAACCCUUGAAGCCACAGCUCCCGUCUGGCCUCUGCCCAGAGAAGACCCAGGCACCACUUCACCUGGCCACAGCGUCCCUGUGCCAGCCACAGAGCUGGGCUCCACUGAGCUGGUGACCACCAAGACGGCCGGGCCUGAGCAGCAGUAG